CGGCAGGAUGAGGCAGUGCGGGCGCGGGCACGCGGCGGUCGCGUAUCGAUUCCGCGCCUUCAGUCGGCGUCCGUCGAGCGCCGCGCUGCGCCGAGUCGCCGGCGAGCGGGCGUCGCCCCCCGACCCCCGCACGUCCCGCGCCGCGCAGCCAGCCUCGCCUCCACGCCGGCAAACUCGAACGACCACUUCCCGCUAACUAACGUCGCACCCGCAAUCGUUUCCCGCCGCGAAACUGCGUCCGAUCUCCGCGUUGCACUUGUAUUUGAAACUUUUGAAAACUUUCAUAGAUUAAUAUGCGGCGGAUGUGGAUUUAAAUUUGUGUAGAAAUGCGGACGCGCGGAUGCGGGUCCACGUGGCCGGCGGCAUAGUCCGCGAGAAUGGAUUGCUGCAAGUGGGGACCGCUCGGCGCGGGCGCAGGCUGGGCGGGCGGGCGCUACGCUGCGCCGCCUUACGCGCCCCAGCCCUCGCCUUACCCGCCUUACUACCCGCACGCGCACGACUAUGCACGUUACUACCGCUACGACUAUCCUGCGCCGCACGCGCAUCAUGCUGAACACGCUAUGCCAAUGGAUUAUGGUGCGUAUGCGCUGAAAGAAUCACGAGGGCGAAGGGCACUUACUCGGAGAGAACAGCGUAUUCAUCCUGCACUACAACAGUUUCCUGUGUCGCAUACGCCACCACUAGAAUGCGGAAUGACCAAUCGAGGCCAUGGGUACUGCGAGCCGCAUGUUUGGCCGCAUUAUCAGAUGGGUGUGCUAGCAGGGAGUGGUUGGAACGGUACCAAUGGUGGCGUGUGGCCUUCGCGAGUUCCACAGAACAUGUGUUCACGGGAAUCGAUGCGUUAUGGACCGGAUUGUCGAUUAAUGCAGAACACCCAAAACCACAUCGGUGCACACGACGGCCGAUCCACACCAUAUCCUGUUUACGACACAGGCUAUGAAAGCAAACGCGGUAGCAAUGACUUUCCUAUGCGAGUCCCGCCAGCAGAAGUCCCGCAACCCGUGCGGGAAACUGUCGAAACUCGCCCACCAGAAGUGGUGCGACCUCCAGUGGUGCCAUUGCCAGCGUUUCAACAAGCUUUUGGCUCCACCGAAAUAGGAAAGUUCGCGGAGGCGUUUAGUCGAGCUGACCUGGCGCACGAAACAGACGAGUGUGAAAACUUCGCGUUCGAGCCAUUCGCCGAAUGGGAAGGCUCACCUGACCAGUGGACGCCGCCCGUCAAAGAAAUAAAAUGCGAAGAUACCUUUUAACGUAAGGCUAUUUUCGGUAUAGUAAAAUUUUUGGGCAUUAUUAUUGCCUUAGGAAAAUAAACCUUGAUUCAGCACCACGUUGCCAAACCGACGCUCUCGGUAUCUAUGCGAUAUCAUAGAAAUAGUUAUGUGAUAAAAUAGUUAAAUGUGUAUGAGAAAUGAUAUAGUGGUGUGAGUUUUGAGUUAAAGUAUAGAAGUUAUUAUUGUUACCAUCGUAUUCGUUAUUCCCUGUAAGUUCUAGAAGAACUCUGUUUGUCUGCGGGGAUGUUUUCGUUCAUCUAGGUACCUAUUGCGAAUGAUUAUGCGAAAAAUGUAGAAAAUGAGAUGUAUUACAUAAUUCGAUGUGCCUUUAAUCGGCGUUAGCCGUGAGUCGCGCGGCGUCGCCCCAUUCUCGUUACAGAUUGAUAUCAUAAAGUUAUAAUUUACAAUAGUAAUAAUAUAGGGACCAACGUUUAGACAAUUAUACACGACCGCGUAAAAUCACUCGACGGACGAAUGCAGCGCACGAAAAAAAUUUAUAAAGUUUUAAUGGUACUGUCGCUAGAAUAAUCUCUAAAUAACAAUAAAUAUUGAUUCUGAAUUCUUUACCAGCCUCUCAUAUUUCAAACCUUUACUUAGCUGUAGGUUCAUUCACUAACACGUUUAAGCAUCUCUUCUGACCUUUCAAGUAUAUGGGGUUCAAAAGACGUCGCGCGGACUUCAAAGUCUAAAUUAAAUAAUCCUUAGGUACAGCUACAAAUCAGAAGCAUAGCAAACCUAGCUAGUCAAAAUUUUAAUAAAACAUUUUCGAGUAGGAGCGGCUUUUUAAUUAAAGAAUAAGGGUCCAAAAAUUUAUUGUAGUGUCAUAGUAGGAAUUCCGUGAGUUACGGCACUUUAUUCAGCCAAUUUCUUAUAACAUUCGGGAGUAUUGUGGAUUAUUUCUUAAUAUUCUGAAACGAUAGGUGUAAAUAGGAAAUAAGUAUUACGUUUAAUUCUUCUCCAGUCAUAGAUUUAUCGGUACAAUUUUGGUAACCUCUUUAUAGUUGAUUUGUUUUGUCAUAGUAUGAUCUUAGUGAAUAAAUAGCCGUAAACCCAUAAGAAUACUUGUGGAAAAGUAUGUCAUUAAUUUUUUGCUCAAAUUGCAGUUUGGCUACUAUUCGGUUUUAUUUAGAUCAAGUCUGUAUUAAAAGAACUUCCAAGGGUCUUCGGUUUUUGUAGAAUAAUGGGUGGUAGGACAACCACUUUCUAUGAAACAGAAUUGGAGUGCCUUAUGUAAUUUAUAUAUUAAAUAAUAAUCAUUAAUGUAGAUCAAAGAAUUAUAUAGUCUUAUUUGAAAACACCACACUAGAAUAAAAUAUUUGUUUAAAUAAUUCCUUAGUCAGUAGAUGAUAAAUGUAAUGUUAUUUAUAUAAAUCUUAUUCAUGUUUUUUUACAGCAAAUAAUUAAUUAUAAAAAGUCGUUGUGUGCGUUAAAAUAUAAAUGACACUAGGGAAUGUUAAGCUUUUAAUUUUAUUUGUGUUAAAACGUAAUCAUUGUUAAAAGGUUCAGUUUCGUUUAUUUCAAUAUUAAUAUUCUUUGUUUAGAGUUUUUUAUAGUAUCGUUAAUGCUGGGAGAUGAAUUAAUGACGAUUGAUUCUAGAAAAGUACUAAAAUUGAACUUGAAGCGUAUGUAUCAUGUAAACGUAUUGAAAUGUCAAAUUUGACAUUUUGAACAACAAUCGAUGCCAUGAGCCUACCAUGAGCUCGUAUUGAGAACUGAGAUGCAUUACUUAUUCAUACCAUGAUGUCGAAUAAACCAGCCCGUAUAUAUUUCCACUUUUAUCCAUUCAAUUUGUAUGAAAAUUCUGAGCAUUAUAUUUUAUUGUGAUUGAUAAAUUAUUUAAAAUAAUUUUUAGAUUCUUAGUAUAGAAUUAUCUAUCAAAUUAGGUUUAACAGUUAAAUUUUAAAACUUACUUAGAAACCACAAACAAAAUUAUCGUUCUUUCCUUCGGUCUUGCAUUUCCAAUACGUUCAGUUUAUAGAAGGUCAUGAAGGCAAUGAAUUUGGAAACUUAACUGAUGCUAAUGAAUCUCAACUGGAUUUUUUAAGAAAGCUCAUGGUAUACUUGUACAUGUCAACCGUUUAAACUAUAUUCUUCCAUAAAUAUCUGCGGUACGUUAAGACAACUAUGGAAUACACAAUUAAUUCUUUGUGAUGUUAUACCAACAAGCUAUACUGUUAAAAAUAUUAUCGAGAAAUCAAGGGAUAUACUACGUUUGAUUUUGUGAUUGUGUGCAAUAUGAUUUGUUUAAGUUGUAUCGUCAAGCGCGGAUUCAGCCCUUAAAGGUUGUGGUCCGGACCAUCUAAAGAUCGUCCAAGUCACUCUCAAUUUACAUUCCCAUUGAGGAAUUUUAGAAUAAAUAUCAUAAUAAUUUAGCAUAGAUUUUACCAACCGUAAUGUAUGCAAUGCUGGAUCCAUGCCUGUCUUUUAGUCCUAAAAUACACGUUUUACGUCUUGACAUUUCAUAAAUGAAUUAAUUGUAGUCUGUGCCACAUGUAAUGUAUAUACAAUAUACAUCUCUAGAUAGUCCUAUUGUUAUUGAUUUAAGUCUUAGGUGAUUUAUAAUUUAUACUGUAGAGAUAUAGAUACAGAAAUUAUGUAACUAAAUUAUAAGUGUUCCAAUUACAUAGAGCUUCCCUAGAACCCGUUCUAUAAACCAAUAUUAUUUUUAUAUGUAUGUUUCUUUGUAUUUCGGAAUAUGUUCUAUUAGAGAAGUUUAUACAUGUAAUUUGAUAAUACUUUGUAUCUUCGUCAUAGUAGUUCUUGCUAAUGUGAUUUCUUUAAAAGUAUUUGCCAAAAUUAUUUAAAUUUAUUUUGUAUAUAAAAUUAAAUUUUUUAAAGCCGAUCAAGUUAAUUUUAUCAAAACUUUCUUAUGUGUGUUUCAUCCAGUUCGAAAUAAGUCCUAUAUGUAAUUCUAUUUGAAAAA